CGGUUAGUUACGUUUCUGCAUGCAGAGCGAUAUAGCGAGUAAUAUCGAUGCGUCCAAUAAACUAUUUUCUAUUUAUACACAAGCUAACAUUAUCUUCUUCUCAUUACACUCAGAGACGCGGUAGUGACUAUGUCAAUAAUAAUCAAAGUACUUGUGUUUGCGUUCCUAAUCACAACAAAUGAAGCGGCAAAAAUAUUGGCUAUGUUCCCAGUGCCGUCAAUCAGCCAUCAAGUGGUAUUCCGCCCUUUGACUCAGGAACUGGCGAAACGUGGACACGAUGUCACGGUCAUCACACCUGAUCCCGCCUUCCCGAAAGGUCAAACCCCUCCGAAUUUCACCGAAAUAGAUAUACACGAUCUAUCGUACAUGAAAUGGCAAGAACUAUUGAAGCACACCUCAAAACCAGGGACUACUAUGUUGGAAAUGCUGAAAAUUGGCUUCAAAGUGAUAAUAAACAUAACAGAAACACAAUUCAAAGAUGAAGCGGUUCAACAGUUACUAAAAGAGAAUAAUUCUUACGAUUUACUGUUGAUUGAAGCAAGUGUAAGACCGGCGUUGGUUCUGUCGCAUAUAUUUAAAGUACCGGUGAUACAAAUCUCCUCAUUAGGACCAUUGCGUUUCAACUUGGAAACGGUUGGAUCAUCAUGGCACCCUUUACUGUAUCCAAAUCAUUUCAACCAACGGAUAUAUAACCUGACCAAAUGGGAAAAAGUUAUGCAACUUUGGGAUUACUAUAGACUCGAAAGUUAUAUGGAUAGCAUGGUAGAUGUUGAGCAUGAAAUGGUAAAAAGGCUGUUUGGACCAGAUGUGCCGUCACCCAAAGAACUACAAAAAAGUGUACACAUGCUCUUUUUGAAUAUUCAUCCUCUUUGGGAAGGAAAUCGUCCUGUGCCACCUAGUGUUAUUUAUAUGGGAGGAGUGCAUCAAAAACCCAUUUCGGAAUUACCAGCGGAUCUUAAAAAUUACUUAGAUGCGUCAGAAAACGGUGUUAUCUACAUGAGCUUAGGGACCAACGUAAAGCCUUCGUUACUACCGUCAGAAAAAGUUCAAAUGAUAGUGAAUGUAUUCUCCCAACUGCCUUACGAUGUGAUAUGGAAGUGGGAUGAAGACGAACUUCCCGGACGAACAGAAAACAUUAGAAUAUCCAAAUGGCUACCGCAGUCGGAUCUUUUGAGACAUCCCAAAAUCAAGCUGUUCAUUACCCAAGGAGGCUUACAAUCGACAGAUGAAGCUAUAACAGCUGGAGUGCCUAUGGUCGGUAUACCAAUGAUAGGCGAUCAGUGGUAUAAUGUGGAAAAAUAUGUAUAUCAUAAAAUUGGAGUCAAAAUUGAUAUGGUUACUCUAAAUGAAGAAGAUUUUAAGAAUGCUAUCUAUACUGUUAUCGGAGAUGACAGUUAUCGUCGCAACGUGGAAAGACUAAGGACUUUAAUGACAGAUCAGCCCCAAACGCCAUUGGAACGCGCUGUCUGGUGGACGGAGCAUGUGCUCAGGCAUGGUGGUGGCCACCACUUGAGGAGCCCAGCAGCAAACAUCACGUGGUCUAAAUACCUAGAACUGGACCUAGUACUAACGCUAUUACUGAUCGCUUUUGUCAUAAUUUUAGUAAUAUUUACAUUAGUAUACGCUUUGUUUAAGUGCAUUUGCAAUAGUGGGAAAACGAAGAAUGAUUAGUGCGGUACUGCAGCAAAUAUAAUUAUUUUACUGUUAGAAAAUAAGUAGUAAAUGUUUUGUUGUGUUUUAUUUAAUUUGUUUUUCUAUCACAAUUUAUGUAGAAGUAAAAUCACGUUUUUGCUUUGGUAGUAUGUUUUAUUAAGAUUUUGAAAGGAUGACCUUGCACUUGUUCGAUUUGCACGGAGUCCUGGUUUGAUUCCGAGGCAGGCAAGUAAUAAUGUGUAUUUUAAAAAAUGACAUACACAUCCCCCCAUUUUAUUAUUCUAAAACACUACUAAUUAACAGUUCUUAUAAAAAUCGUGCUAAAACUUAAACCGCCUAAAAUUGGAAAUAAAAUUACCUAUCCGCAGUGAGCCAGCGCGCCAAUGUUCAAACAGCCCCUUUAUGGGUAGAAACCUGCCCAGCAGAAAGACAUAUAUAGACUGGUAUUACUUCAAAUUCAACAAAUAAGAAUAUACUUAAUACCAAAAAAAACUUCACAGUAAUAAAAUAUUCAUCGAAGCAAAGUACAAAGGUAUUUAUCGUUCAUUAACAUUAGACCUUGGACUAGUGCCCGAUGAAUGCACUCGCCAACGCCGAAGCGAAUCUUAGUUCUAAAAUUAUCCGUAUUUGUUACGAGCUGUAGUACUUGCAUUACGUACAUGCAAAUUGCGACCGUGUUCAUGAACUUACUACUACAAUAGAAAUCUUCGAUACGAUAACAAUUCAUGGCCGUUAUUUUAUUUAUCUAGUUUUCAUUUACUUCCGGUACCUUUGUCAAACCAUGCAGCUAAAAAUACACCACGUGCUUUUAAAUUACUUGUAAAGAAAAACAAACAGACAACAACCUAAUAAAAAGAAGAUUUGAAGACUCUUUCGUGAAUUUAACUUCACGUCAAUUACUGUUGACAGUCAAAAAAUGUCUUAUUAAAUACAACAAUCAGAAAUUAGUAAAUCAAGAAUUAUACUGAAAAUAGG